AUGGCGUUUCCAGUAUUUUCAGGAAUAACACUAAUGGUACUUUUGAUGGGGCCAUAUUAUUUAGUAUACAAUAUGUCGAGCAUUUUUGAGACUACAGGAACUAAUCCAUUAUUAUUUAGUUCAAUAUCUUACUCUGUAUUGGCUUGUUUUUUAAAAUCAUUACUUCUAGCGUCAAUUCCAAUUCCAACUCAAAAUAUUAUGGAGUAUUUGAGUAUUAUUACAAAAGUUAUUUAUUUGUAUUUCAUUAGGUUAAUAUUACUGAGUAAAAAUGCAAAAAAUCAUGAAGUGAAUGUAAGAAUAAAUGUUGGUAUAUUAGGAUGGUGUAUAGCACAUACUGCCCUAACAUAUUUUAUUCCAGUUGUUACAGAUACAUCUUUGAGCUCAGAUUUUUCAUUAGACUAUAUUAGAUUAAUAUUAUCAUCAUACUCAGCUUCGCUUUCUACAUACACAUGUUUCUAUUGCAUGUAUAUGCUAACAAAACCAAAUCUGUAUGAUAGAAAGGGUGUUAUAAUAAUCACAAUAUCUAGCUGUUUUUUAAUUCAGUUGGUUACUUCGGGACUCUCGAGUACUUUUGGCCAGAAUAAUAUUGCUCCUUUUGUUAAUCUUCCAAUUUUCGCUUAUUUGGCAUUCUAUAUUAACUUGAACUUUAAUAAAAAAAGAGAAAAAGUUUCCAAUAAUAAAAAAGAAUAA